UCGAAAAAUUGGUUGAGCUUGUGAAUACAGUGGGGCAAAACUCAAGGAAAAGAAAAACAUGGCCGCAAAAUUCACUACAGUAGAAACCCCAUUUCAGAGAAAAUACGGCGGAAUAACUUUUCCGGCCGUAUUAUCUCCGGCAAUGCGGACAUGUACUUUGCCGGCAGCUGUCAAGGAGCAGAAGAGUCUGCUGGAGUCUCUUCUGCAGAGACAAUGCGCCAUUCUAUUUCGUGGCUUCGAUGCUACAGCCACAGCUGCCGACUUCAACGACGUCGUUGAAGCCUUCGGCUAUGAGGAGCUGCCAUAUGUCGGCGGCCCCUCCACUAGGACUAAAGUAGUCAGACGGGUUUACACGGCGAACGACGCCCCACCUCACCGGAAAAUCCAUUUCCAUCAUGAAAUGUCCCAUGUGUCGUCGUAUCCUCGAAAAUUGUUUUUCUUCUGCGAAGAAGAAGCGGCUUUCGGGGGAGAAACUCCAAUACUUCUAAGCCAUAUUGUGUACGAAAAAAUGAAAGAAAAAUACCCAGAUUUCGUCGAAAAAUUAGAGAAAUUGGGAUUGAUAUAUACAAUAUUCGCGGAUGAAGAAGACGAUAAUUCAUCUGCCCUUGGCCGUGGCUGGAAAUCUAUGUUUCACACUGAAGAUAAGAUUGUGGCUCAACAAAGGUAUAUUACACCCUAAGAUUAGCAUCAUUUCCAAUUGCUUCAUUUUCCAAUUUCAGCUUUCAUACAUACUAUAUUUUUGCUCAACUUAAAUUAGCACUGUCAUAAUAUGAAUAAUAAAAAUUAGUUGUACAUAAAUUCACAAACUUUCAAUAUUCUGAGUUUUUGGACAUGUGCUUUUAAUAUAUAAAUACAUACUAAAUGUUAAACGAUGUUUGUUUUAAUGCGCAAAUAGCAUAUAACUAAGCUUCAAAGCUAAUCUUUAAUAUUUCAAUCUCAGUUAGAUUCUUGUUAAAAGCAAAUCUUAUUUAUUUAUCCAUUAAAAAUUGUCAAGCUUUUAUGUAUUAAUUUCUUUAAAAAUGGUAGAAAAAUAAGAAAGGAUCGAAAAUAGUGCAUUUACAUACAAAUAAUCCAAAAAUACAUUAUAUAAUUGUAUGCGGAUAAAUAAAUCAUAGUAUUCAAUAUAUAUAGAAAUGAAAAUUUUCAAUCGGAGCUUAAGUAAAGCCACAAUCAACUACAAUAAGUAGAUUAGGAGUUAGUCAGAGAUUAAUUAAUUCAACAAUUAAGUAGACUAGGAGUUAGUAAGAUAUUAAUUAAUUUUAUAUAGAAUCUAUUUAUCUACAAUAAAUAUUAAUUAAAGUCAACUAAAAUGUACAAUUUUCUUCAAUAAAAUGAGACAAUUGAGAAAUGUAUAAAAUUUAUAAUUUAAUUAGUUAUUUUUUUAAAAAAUUAUAAGAUUGACCGGAAGUUAUCCAAAAAUUAUGAUUAAAAUUUUUCUUUUCAUUUUCUAUCUUACUCCUAGCUUAUCAUAAAAUAGUCGCACAACCUGAUAGAGAAGAACAUUUGUUGGAUCAAUUCUUUUUUGGUAAAGGUCAUUAGUUGAAUUCCAUUCUAAUGAAGAGCAUUACUUGUAUUCCACCUCAGGGAGUGACGCAUAAUGGUUAUGCGUCACUAACAGAAAGAUGCAUAAUGGUUAUGCGUCGUUAGCUAAUGACGCAUAACUCUUAUGCGUCGUUAAUUAGUGACGCAUAACCAUUGUGCGUCUUUUUGUUAAAGACGCAUAACUCUUAUGCGUCUUUCUUUAUCGAUGCAAAAUGCUUAUGCGUCGUUAGUUAGUGACGCAUAACCAUUGUGCGUCUUUCAUUAUCGACGCAUAACUCUUAUGCGUCGUUAAUUAGCGACGCAUAUUUGUUAUGCGUCGUUCGUUGAGUUUUAAAUCGGGCAGAAGGCAGAACCAGCCAGAAACGAAAGGCAGAAGGCAGAACCAAGCGACUAAAUCGGGCGAUUUCCGACGUAUCCGAGCAAAAUCCGGUGAUUUUCCACCAUUUUGCAACCAUAUUACGGUAAUUAUUCUUCAAUUUGGCUAAAUGCAUCCUUUAAUGUUUAAUUUGGGCAGAUUUUCCGUAAUUUAGUAAAAGUAGGGUUUUUGAUUAAAUUGAUGGAUUUUUGGUAUAUUUUUGUUGUUUUGUUGCAUAUAAUUAGGGAUUAUGAUGAAAUUAUGGGUUAUGAUGAAAUUGAUGGAAUUUUUGGUCGAAUAUCCGUAAUUUGUGUAUUUCAUAUGGAUUUAAUUUAGCAAAAUUAGGGUUUAUGAUGAAAUUGUUGGAUUUGUUGGUCGAUUUUCCGUAAUUUGGGUAUUUAAUAUGCAUAUCAUUGAAUGGGUAGGAGCAAUUGAAGCAAUUGAUUAAGUUUUGUAAUUGUGCCCCUUUUGGUGGGCGAUUUUAUGUAAUUUGGGUAUUUCAUAUGCAUAUAUUGCACACCUAAGUUGCAAUUUAGUUAGAUUGUUGAG